GUAAAAACGUAAACCAAACGCAAUAAAACCACCAAACCCUUUCUUCUCUCUUCCUGCUUCUGCCGCCGAAACGUAAGAGAUGACGACGCGAUUCAAGAAGAACAGGAAGAAGCGAGGGCACGUGAGCGCCGGCCACGGCCGCAUUGGAAAACACCGGAAGCAUCCCGGCGGUAGGGGAAACGCCGGAGGCAUGCACCACCACCGGAUCCUCUUCGACAAGUACCACCCUGGUUACUUCGGGAAAGUUGGAAUGCGGUACUUCCACAAACUCCGCAACAAGUUCUAUUGCCCCAUCGUCAACAUCGAUAAGCUGUGGUCUCUGAUACCCCAAGAGGUGAAGGAUAAGGCCUCCAAGUCCAAGGACACUGCACCCUUAAUCGACGUGACGCAACACGGUUACUUCAAGGUUCUCGGGAAGGGUGUUCUUCCCGAAAAUCAGCCCCUCGUCGUGAAGGCCAAGCUCAUUUCCAAGACCGCCGAGAAGAAGAUUAAGGAGGCUGGUGGUGCUGUUGUUCUCACCGCUUAGAUUUUAUCAGUUUGUGUUUUUUGAUAAUAUAUUUGAACUUGAGAUGUUUUGGUUUUGAUUCGGUUAUUUUUUUAUAUCACAUGUUCCAUAUGUUUUUGGUACUUAGUUUAUGAAACUGCUUUUAAGGAGGAACGAUUUUUGUGUUAUUAGUUUUAAUAAUUACGCAAUGCUUGUUACU